AUGCCCGACCUCCCAGCCCACGCCUCGCCCGCCUUACCACCAAUCUUCACGCCUGAGAUUCAGACGCCAAUGCGCAUACCCUCCGAGCUGAACCUGAAUCGCAUGCAUGACCACGCACAGCCUCAACCCAUCCGAUCGCGAAAGCCGUUACCGCCGCUCAUAACGCCAGCAAUCACCCCUCCCAACACCCCCUCGCGAGGCCAGGAUGACCAGCUCCGACUGCACUCACUUCCCGUCUACGAUUCUGGCGUCUCUACUCCUUCGCAGGCCGCGCUUGUUGAGUCACUCCCCGUUGUCGAAUGCGUGGUCCGCGCGCGCAUCCCCACCACGACGGGCCAGGAAAUGUUUCUGCACCUCUACACAAACGACGUGGACAAUAAAGAGCAUCUGGCAAUCGUCUUCGGGUCCAACAUCCGGAGCCGCAGCCUAGACGCGCCGCGGCCAGGAGAAAGCGAAAGAGAUCGCAUGAUCCGGGGCGCGUACGUCGGACGGCUACAUCCCGGGCGGACGAGCUCACGACUAGAGCAGCUCCGGCGGGAAGAAGGCAGCGGCCCGACCUCAGCGCCGAGACAGACCGCCGAGCCCCCAAGCUCCUCAAACCCCAGCAUGGAAGGCGUCGAAGAGGCCACAGACUCAGACGAGCCACAACCGCCCCUCGUGCGCAUCCACUCGGAAUGCUAUACCGGCGAGACGGUCUGGUCCGCGCGCUGCGACUGCGGCGAGCAGCUCGACGAAGCCGCGCGGCUCAUGCAAGUAAGCGGCGGCGGCGUAAUCGUCUACCUCCGCCAAGAAGGGCGCGGGAUCGGGCUCGCAGAAAAACUCAAAGCGUACAAUCUCCAGGAUCUCGGGAAUGACACCUACGAGGCUAAUUUGCUGCUGCGGCAUCCCGCGGACGCGAGGAGCUAUGGGCUGGCGACGAGUAUACUUGUCGAUUUGGGGAUGGGAGGGCAGAGGGGCAUUAGGCUGUUGACGAAUAAUCCGGAUAAGGUGCGCGCGGUUGAGGGGCCGAAUCGGGAGGUUGUGGUUAGAGAGAGGGUGCCGAUGGUGCCGUUGGCGUGGCAGGGGAAGAGGGGGGUCAAUAGUGAGGAGGUGGAUAAGUAUUUAAGUACGAAGGUAGGUUUGCGGUCCGUGGAUGUGAGCAUGUCGGAUGAGAGCUAA